AUGGUCAGUUUCAUAAAGCAGCGCCUUCUUAAGUCUCGCAUGUUUGCCAGGUCGUGUGAAACCAUGCAAAAAGAUCACGUGACACUCCUUUUGCACACCGAGGUCAGAUGGCUUUCCAGAGAGAAAGUACUGUCAAGGGUAUUAGAGCUGCGAGAAGAAUUGCUUCUCUUUUUCAAAGAGAACGAUAAAGUUGAUAUCGAGACUGAUUAUCAAGAAAUCAUACCCUUAAUUACGAGUCAUUUGGAAUCACUGGCUGAAAAACUUGACCAGUACUUCCCAUCCUUAUCAUCAGAUUUGUAUGAUUGGGUUAGAAAUCCCUUUACUGAGAUGUCUUCAAAUUUGCAAACCCUGCUCAAUCUACAAGAAGAGGAAGAAAUAACUGAACUAAAGUGUGAUAGAACCUUGAGGAUAAUGUUUGAUGAAGUGCCACUUGAUGUGUUUUGGAUUUCUGUGAGAGAAGAGUACCCAUUCAUCUCAGCAAAGGCAUUGGAUAUUUUAUUCCAGUUUUCUACUUCUUACCUUUGCGAGCAAGAUUUUUCAUGUCUAAGUACUGUACUAGAAAUCGUCUUCUGUCUGAUGAGGAAGAUCUGCGGGUGUGUUUGUCAGAAAUUCGCCAGAGUAUUGAGAAAUUAUACAACGACAAACAAGCCCAAGUAUCACAAUGAAAUUAAAACCUAUGAUUAUGGUGACUUUUUUGUUUAA